AUGUCUAUCGGCUUUUUUAAUCUAGUCCCCAGUAUGGCCAUCUCGGAGGUCUACAACCUGCAUGACAGUUCUCUCCUCGAGGGGGACAUAAGCAGCAAGACCACCAGCAGGAACAUGGACAAAGAGGAAGAAGAGGAUCAUGACGAGGUAGUCAAGGGUCCUCCACCUAACUGGAUCAGCUCUUAG